GGCUGCUGUAUUCUGCGUUAUAUUUUCUAAAAUCUCUGAAAUACACAUUUUUUGUGUAAUGGCCAUGUUAAAAGUAAUAUAUUAAGACGUAUAAGGAUCAUUAAUAACUACAAAUGUCUUCAAGGCACGACGUGAGUAGACGCCGAGAGCGUUCACGCAGCCUCUCAUUGGAGCGCCAUCGCUCACGAAAAGAACACAAAAAGUCGCGAACGCGAUCACCCGCGCCAUCAAAACACAGGUCACCCAGCAGGGAGAAGAGUAAACAUAAGAAAAGUAAAAAGAAAAAGAAGAAGAAGAAUAGGAGCAGCAGCUCGUCGAGUAGUAGUGACACGGACGAGGAGCUGAGGCUGCUGCAGCGGCUGGAGGCGGAGCGCCUCAGGCUUAAAGAGGAGAGGAAGAAACAGAAAGAAUUGCAGAAGGCUAAUGAGACUCCAGAGGAGAAACGAGCCCGCCGUCUAAAAGAGAAGCAAGAAAAAGAGCGCAAACGCCGCGAGCGCAUGGGCUGGGACAACGAGUAUCAAUGCUACACCAACCAAGACAAUCCGUUCGGAGACUCGGCGCUCACACACUCGUUCGUGUGGACCAAGAAGCUGGCUAAGGAAGGUGUGAAGGCGGUCAGCAGAGAUGAGCUUGAAGCUAUGAACCGGCAGAAGCAACUUGAGAAUAAGAUUGAGCUGGAAAAGGUGAAGCAGCGUCGACUAGAGCGCGAGGCAGAGCGCGCGGCUCGCGAAGCAGAGACAGCAGCCGCGGCCAGGGCGCGCGAGGCAGCGCAGUUUGAUUCGUGGGCGCGGCAGGAAGACGCGUUCCAUUUACAACAAGCUAGGUUGCGCUCGCAGAUCCGCAUCCGUGAUGGACGAGCGAAGCCUAUCGACCUACUCGCUUGGUACGUGGGCUCAGAGCAGUGUGUAGACGCGCUCGAAAUGCACGAGCCCUACACCUACCUCAACGGACUCCAAGCUCCGGACCUCGAAGACUUGUUGGCUGACAUCGCUGUGUACAAGUCUUUAGAGCAGGAGCAAAACCAGAGGUACUGGAAGGAUGUGGAGACCAUUGUGCAGGACGAGCUAGCGAAGCUACGGAGAGCUGCACCAGAGCCCCAUGAAGCGGUACAUCGGGACACCGUGCACCAGAGCGUGGCCGAUGACGUCACACAGAUUUUCAAAGGCAAGACGGGCGCACAGCUAGAAGCAUUACAAUCGCAGAUCGAGCAGAAGAUUUCUAGAGAGGAAGCUUACGGUAAUGUGGUAGGUUCAAAUUCAAACAAUAUUUCUCAAUCUUACAUUUCUACACCAUUACAAGAUAUUGAAAACCCCUCGCAUAAACAAGGUAGUCAUUCAAGGGGUCCAGGUAAGAAAAAUCAUAAAACAAGUAGAAAACGUGGGCGUUCUGUUAUGGAUAAAGAUAAUAAAGCACCAAAAAGGGCGCGCAUGGAUGUAAAUGUUGCUAAUAAUGAAGAUUUAGAAUCUCCUAGUGAUUUACAAGAUGAACCUAGACAGAAUGAAUUAGAUAAUACUUGUCAAACUAAGCAAUACAUUCCUCAUCAUUUGAUAGGGCUUAUGUAUCGAUUAGACUUGUCAGUGCUUUGCUCACUUAGAAAGUCUACGUAUGAACAUAAAUAUCCUUCAUUGUCAUUAGCGUUUGAAGAUUCUGAAAUUGAUAUGUUUAGUAAUAUUGUUCUUCGUUACGAAAAGAAGUCUAUUCAUAUACGAAUUGAAAAUGUAGACGAAUAUUAUAUAGAUAAUGAUAUUAGCUAUGCUAAAUUAUUUACUAAAGAAAGACGAAGUUCUUCUAUUAAUAGUUACUUUGGUAGUUUUGUUAAACAUCUAAUCUCUAAAUCAGAUAGUUUAUCAAAUAAUGUAGAAUAUCUUAUUGUCUAUACUAAUUCAGGCUUGGAUCUUACAGAAAAAAAGGAAUUAAAAAAAGGACAGUUGAGAAAUUUUUAUCCUUUUAAAUUUGAUAGCAUAAAUACAGAGGAAUGUGACAUUUUAAAAGACUUUUUGUUUACAAAUGAUAAUACGCAAGGGAGUGGUUUUUAUCAGUUUUUGCAGGAUGAUGCAACAAGAGAAGAACUUUUAGGACAAUUAGAAUUUUCUCCUGCUAUGCGAAAAGCAAUAAAAGGGAGAAAACUUUCUCAAGAGUUUGAAAAAGAAACAAAAAAAGCAUUUUUAGAUAAAUUAGUACUUGCAGUUAAUCAGCCUAAUAGAGAAGAACUGAACAACAUCGUUAAAAACGAAAUAAAAAAAAAUAGUAAAGUUCAAGACGAUUAUAUAGCAUUACAAGAAAGAAUAUUGUGUGAUUUAACAGCUCCAGAAAAGGAUAAAAAACUUAAGAAUUAUAUAUCUGGAGUUAUAUAUGAAUUCAAUUUAUUAAUACUCUUCUUGCAUGAAAUGUUCUUGAAUAAAAACAUGCUUUCCAUAAGUUUUGAGGAAAAAAGCCGUGAUACAUCUAAUAAUAUUACUAUUAAUUAUAAAGAUAGAGUUACUUAUGUAAAAGCUCAUAAUGCAGAUAGUAAUAUUGGUUAUGAUCAGUUAUUUCCCUCCAAAAGACAGGAAAGAAAGAAUACGUUUUCUAUUAAUAAAUAUUUUACUCUUUUCAUUGAAAAAUUAGAAAAUGAUAAGGAUAUAAAAUAUUUUAUUAUCUAUACUGAUGCAGAUCUAGACCUUACAGAAGAAAAAAAAUUAAAAAAAGGGCAAUCUAAAGAUUCUUAUCCUUUAAAAUUUGAUAGUAUAGAUAUUCGAGAAAAAAGAUAUAAAAUUUUAAGAAAUUGUUCGUGUAUAAAUGGGAAUGGUCUUUAUCAAUUUGUGCAAGAAGGAACAACAAGAGAGAAACUUUUAAGUCUAUUAAAGCUUCCACCUUCUUUGCAGAAAGAAGAAGAGAAAGGAAGACUCUCUGAUGAUAAUGAAAUAGAAAUAAAAGAGAAAUUUUUAGAUAAACUAAUACUUGCAGUUAACCAACCUAAUAGGGAAAAUUUGAAUAGUGUUAUUAGAAAUGAGAUAGGUAAGUCUGAUAUUCCAUAUAAUUACGAGAAAUUACAUGAAGUAGCGUUACGUUGGUCAGAAUCUCAUGAAUUUGGCCCUAUUACGAAAGGAAUAAUGGAAAAGCUUUUGGAAGAUAUAAAAAAUAAUAGAUCUAGUUAUCAGAAAAUUCAAAAUAAAAACAUUGAUGAAGAAAUUAAAUUUGCUAAAAGUGUGGUUGGUAAAAAAGGAACACCUGCAUUUAAUCAGUUCUUAAGUUUUUUAAUUAAAGGAGAAGGAAAAAAAUAUCUGAAAGUCAUGAAAAAAGAAGGAAUAAGCUUAACUAAUGUGUCCAGUAUCUUAGGCGGAGCGAGAGGUAAAGCUCAUACAGCAUUUAAAGGCUUAUAUCGUCUAUGGUUUGAUAAAGAGGGAAACAAAACUCAAUAUUUAAAAACCCUAGAAAAAGAGGGAAUAAAUCUAGCUAAUAUAUCUAGUAUUUUGAAUAGAGCAAGAGGUAAAGCCCCCACAGCGUUUAAAGACUUAUAUGAUCUGUGGUUUGAUGAAGAAGGAAAUAAAACUCAAUAUUUAAAAACUCUAGAAAGAAAAGGAGUAAAUUUGGCUAGCACGUCUAGUAUUUUAAGUGGAGCAAGAGCUAAAGCUUCUACGGCAUUUAAAGACUUACAUGAUCUAUGGUUUGAUAAAGAUGGGAAUGAAACUCAAUAUUUAAAAACUCUAGGAGAAGAAAAAAUAAAUUUAACUAAUAUGUCCAGUAUUUUAGGUGGGGCUGGGGCUAAUGCUGCAACAGCAUUUAAAGGCUUGUAUGAUCUGUGGUUUGAUGAGGAUGGGAAUAAAACUCAAUAUUUAAAAACUCUAGGAGAAGAAAAAAUAAAUUUAACUAAUAUGUCCAGUAUUUUAAGUGGGGCUGGGGCUAAUGCUGCAACAGCAUUUAAAGGCUUAUAUGAUCUGUGGUUUGAUGAAGAUGGGAAUAAAACUCAAUAUCUGAAAACUCUAGAAGAGGAAGGAAUAGAUCUAACUAAUAUGUCCAGUAUUUUGCAUGGAGUAGGAGCUAAUGCUACAAAAGCAUUUAAAGGCUUAUAUGAUCUGUGGUUUGAUGAAGGUGGAAAUAAAACUCAAUAUCUAAAAACUCUAGAAGAGGAAGGAAUAGAUCUAACUAAUAUGUCCAGUAUUUUGCAUGGAGUAGGAGCUAAUGCUACAAAAGCAUUUAAAGGCUUAUAUGAUCUGUGGUUUGAUGAAAAUGGGAAUAAAACUCAAUAUCUGAAAACUCUAGAAGAAGAAGGAAUAAGUCUAACUAAUAUGUCCAAUAUCUUGCAUGGAGUAGGAACUAAUGCUGCAACAGCUUUUAAAAACUUAUAUAAUCUAUGGUUUGACGUGAAAGGAAAUAAAACUCAACAUCUGAAAAUUCUGGAAGAAAAAGGAAUAGAUCUAACUAAUAUGUCCAGUAUUUUAGGUGGAUCAGGAACUAAUAUUGCAACAGCUUUCAAAGACUUAUAUGACCUUUGGCUUGAUGAAGAAGGAAAUAAAACUCAAUGUUUAAAAACUCUAGACAAAGAAGGAGUAAGUCUAACUAAUAUGUCCAGUAUUUUAGGCGGAGCAGGAGCUAAUGCUGCAACAGCUUUUAAAAAUCUAUAUUACCUAUGGUUUGGUGAAGAAGGAAAUAAAACUCAAUAUUUAAAAACCCUAGAAAAAGAGGGAAUAAAUCUAGCUAAUAUAUCCAGUAUUUUGCAUGGAGUAGGGACUAAUGCUGUAACAGCUUUCAAAGACUUAUAUGGUCUGUGGUUUGAUGAAGAAGGAAAUAAAACUCAAUACUUAAAAACUCUAGAAGAAAAAGGGAUAAACCUAACUAAUAUGUCUAGUAUUUUGAAUGGAGCAGGAGUUAAUGCUGCAGCAGCUUUCAAAAGCUUGUAUGAUCUGUGGUUUGAUGAAGAAGGAAAUAAAACUCAAUAUUUAAAAAUUUUAGAAAAAGACGGAAUGAGUCUAACUAAUAUAUCCAGUAUUUUGCAUGGAGCAGGAGCUAAUGUUUCUAAAGCUUUUAAAGAACUAUUUGAUACUUUUUUUGAUGAGCAAGGAAAUAGAAAACAGCAUUUAAAGCACUUUUUUAUUGAGGAAAAAGGUGGAGAAAAAAGCUUUAAGCCAAGUAACUUAUCCAGUAUUUUAAGUAAAGCAGGAACUAGAGCUAGAUAUGCUUUUGAAAAAUUGCAUAAUGUCUGUUUUAAUGAUGAAGGAAAAAGAACAAAACUUUUAGAUGAUUUCUAUAAAGCAGGCUUUAGGCCAAGUAACUUAUCCUCUGCAUUAUGUGGAACAGGAGCUCGUGCUUCUUCUAUCUUAAAAAGAUUGCAUAUUGUUUGCUUUAAUGAGAAAAGAGAAAUAACAAAACUUUUAGAUGAUUUCUGUAAGGUAGGUUUUAGGCCGGGUAAUUUAUGUAGUAUGUUGAGUGGAGCAAAGAAUAAUCUAGAAAAGAGUCUGAAGAGGUUUCAUGAUUUUUGUUUUAUAGGAGACACAAAAAGAUACUUAAAUCGUUUCUUAAGCGAGGAAGAAAGUUUUACGCUGAGUAACUUAUCUAAGAUAUUGCAUGGAGCAGGAGCUAAUAUUUGCCCUGCUUUAAAAAUUUUUCAUGAUGUUUGUUUUGAUGAGAAAGGAAACGAAACACAGCUUUUAGGUGACUUUCGUAAGGCAGGUUUUACGCCAAGUGAUUUAUCUAAUAUAUUAUCCAUGUCGGGAAAUAAUGCCACUUUUAUUUUAAGAAACUUUCAUAAAGUUUGUUUUAAUGAAGAAAAUUAUUUAAUUCACUUCUUGGCCGAGAAAAAGCUUUUUACGCCGAAAGAUUUAUCUAGAAUACUACAUGGAGUAGGAAUUGAUGUUUGUUCUAUUUUUGAAAGAUUGCAUGACCUUUGUUUUGAUAAACAGGGAAACAAAACAAAAUAUUUAAACAAUCUCAUCAAAAAUGGUCGUUAUAAGAUAUCUGAUAUAUUACAUGAACAAGUUAAAAAAGCUUCUCCUAUUUUUUUUAGAUAAACAGAAUAUUAGUAAAGGAGACAAAGUAACUAAUGCAUCGAGUAAUUCAUCCGGUAAAACGGAGCAACAACAAAACUUGGGUAGUUUACAACAAGGUGAUUCUAAAAUUAAGAGAAAAACCCGGAAGAGUACCGUAAACUGGAGCGAAAACGGGCAAGAAACUGAUGACGUAAUAGAUGAUAACCCUGAAACUUAUUUAAGUGAUACAACAAAAGAUAAUCAAUUAAUAAGAUCACCAAGUU